CCAAACUGGAAGAGGCUGCUACACAGAUUUGUUCAUUGACAACAAGAUGACUUUUCAUUCCCUGCUGCUCCUUUGCCUCGCUGGCCUGGUAUUCCUCUCUGAGGCUGGACCUGUGGCCCAUGGAGCUGAGGAUUCCAAGUGCCCUCUGAUGGUUAAAGUUCUUGAUUCAGUUCGAGGAAGCCCAGCGGUCAAUGUGGAUGUAAAAGUGUUCAAAAAAACUGAGGAGCAAACUUGGGAGCUCUUUGCAAGUGGGAAAACCAAUAACAAUGGAGAAAUCCAUGAACUCACAAGUGAUGACCAAUUUGGAGAGGGUUUAUACAAGGUGGAAUUUGACACCAUCUCCUAUUGGAAAGCCUUUGGUAUUUCCCCAUUCCAUGAGUAUGCAGAUGUGGUGUUCACUGCCAAUGAUGCUGGUCACCGUCACUAUACUAUUGCUGCCCAACUGAGCCCAUUCUCUUUUUCAACCACAGCUGUAGUGAGCAACCCAAAAGACUAAAUAAAUGUCAUUUUUCUCUGUGGCAACAAUCAUUAAUAGAGAUUUGGCAAGGUAGAAAGGACCAUCUUUCAUGGAGCUAAUAGUAUCACAUUUUUCCACAAAGCACUAUUUCCACUUUGUUAUUAACUUGGGCAGAGUCAAUAAACCAUUCUUGCAAAAGCA